CUUGGUGAUGAUGAUGUCAUCAUCUCGCGCCCGGAUGAGGCUGGUCAGUCGGCUAAACCGAGCUCCGCGGAAUGAGGGGCUAAAUCUAGAAAGGAUGGAGAUUAUCAGGAGCUGGACGCAGUCAGUUCGAAAGGAUACAUGUCCAGAAAUUUCAAGAGGGUCUAACGAGAUCAAAAGUCAUGUUAGUGCUGGGAAAUACAUUCGUGGGCAAGUUUGCUAGUUAACGUUAGCCGUCGUUAGCUCGACAAAUAGAGGCAGUGUUGUAAGGAAAGAAAUUGUCAGAAGCUUUUAUCCAAAAUACAUAGUCGCUUGUUUUCAGUUUUUCUGAUAGAUUAUUAAAUACGACCGUUAAGGUAGGAAAAUAAAAUCAACUAAUGUCAACGAACUACAUAGGAUAAGAUAAGAAGUGAUUAAAUAUUGACAGGCCUGUUGUUGUUGUUGUACAUAAAGGGUUAGUUCUAUUUUAAAGGGGCUAAAAGAGCACGUUUUGAAAAAAAUACCUCUUUAAAUGGGGGGAAACUGGAUCAGAAAAGAAACAAAUAGUUGUGGUGGGUUUGUCAUGGCUCUGGCAGCUGUGUUAUUCUCUUGCCUUGUGAUUGGAGUCACUGGUCAAGAUGGACAGGCAAUGACUGCAGAGGAAAAGUCCAAAAUCAGGGACCAAAUUCUAGAGAUGUUUGAUCAUGCCUAUAACAGUUACAUGGACUAUGCCUACCCAGCAGAUGAGUUGAUGCCCCUCAGCUGUAGAGGAAGGGUAAGAGGGCUGGAACCCAAUCGAGGGGACAUUGAUGACUCUCUGGGAAAGUUCUCUUUAACGUUAAUAGACACUUUAGAUACUCUUGUGUUGUUAAACAAACUGGAUGAAUUUGAGGAGGCUGUGAAGAAGACCGUGAGAGACGUCAAAUUUGAUAAUGACAUCGUUGUCUCUGUCUUUGAGACCAAUAUCCGUGUGCUGGGUGGCUUGUUGGGUGCCCACGUCAUGGCAGAUGUUCUAAAGCAGCGUGGAGAGAGAAUGCAGUGGUACAGAGAUGAACUGCUACACAUGGCCAAAGAACUGGGCUUCCGCCUCCUGCCUGCCUUUAACACCACCAGUGGCCUUCCUUAUCCUCGGGUAAAUUUGCGCUAUGGGGUCGUCAGCCCCCUUUCUAGGACAGGAACGGAGUCGGAUACUUGCACUGCUUGUGCAGGCACCAUGAUUCUGGAGUUUGCAGCUCUCAGCCGACUGUCUGGGGACCCAAUAUUUGAGGAAAAUGCUAGGAAAGCUAUGGAUGUCCUCUGGGAGAAAAGGCAAAGAGGAAGUGACCUUGUCGGCACUGUGAUCAACAUCCACAACGGAGACUGGGUUCGCAGAGAGACCGUAUUCAUAUCAGCACCUUCUCUGUUUCUCAUGACAGAUAGUGGUGUUGGCGCUGGAAUCGACUCUUAUUAUGAAUACUUGAUGAAAGCUUAUAUUCUUCUUGGGGACAAGGUGUACCUUAACAGAUUCAACACACACUAUAGUGCCAUUAUGAAGUACAUCAGCCAGCCUCCUCUGCUGCUCAACGUGCACAUGCACAACCCCACCGUAAACGUGCGAAGCUGGAUGGAUUCCUUGCUUGCCUUCUUCCCUGGGCUACAGGUUCUGAGAGGAGACUUGAAACCUGCCAUAGAGACGCAUGAGAUGCUGUACCAAGUGACUAAACAGCACAAUUUCCUCCCUGAGGCCUUCACCACCGAGUUCAGAGUUCACUGGGGCCAGCACCCGUUGAGACCGGAGUUUGCUGAAAGCACAUAUUUCCUUUACAAAGCCACAGGUGAUCCUUACUAUUUGAAAGUAGGCCAGUCUAUAGUGGAGAAGCUGAACACUCACGCUCGGGUCCCUUGUGGCUUCGCCGCCGUACAGGAUGUGAGGACGGGAACGCAUGAGGACAGGAUGGAUUCCUUCUUCCUGGCUGAGAUGUUUAAGUACCUCUACCUGCUUUUCUCAGAGAAGAGCCAGUUGCCUAUAAACAUUGAUGAUUAUAUUUUCACUACUGAGGCUCAUCUGCUCCCAGUAUCUCUAUCUACAACCCAACCCCCCUGCCAUACCAACAACACAGAACCUCAAGCUCAUGAAGACGAUUUAUUUUCAUACUCAUGCCCCAGUGCUCAAACCCUGUUCCCUAACAACCCCACCUUUGCCAAGACAAUCAGGGACAGCUAUAAAUACCUCACCGGUGUGGGAAGAGCCCAGCAGGCCUCAUCUGUCAGGGGGAUUGAACUGCCUCUUCAUGACACGGGCCUGGAGCCAGUCGAGUUUCUGAAAAGCAUGGGCAUCUCUCUGACACCCCUUACUGAGCUGGUCUCUGCCAGCCAAGGCUCAGCAUUUCAGGACUCUCAGAAGGGUGUGUACAAGUUAAAACUGGUUGCUGAGGUGAGCCAUACACCUGAGCAUGAGGAAGUGGUGCCACUUAUUGUGCAGCUCAUUUCCCCUCCGUUUUUGGGUCAAACAGUCUUCACGGCUGGUCCAGCAAAGUUUGGAACAGAUCUUACCAAACAACAGCAUGGGGUGAAAGGCAGCAUUAUGAAGAGUGUUCCCUAUACAGCAUGUGGCCCGAUUGAAAACGCAGUAGAGCUGCAGGGACACAUAGCACUGGCAUUGAGAGGAGACUGCAUGUUUGCUGCUAAAGCUCGGCGCCUGCAGGAAGCAGGAGCCACUGGAGUCAUCUUCAUUGAUCACAGAGAGGGCAGCAGCAGUGCUGACACUCCACUCUUCCAGAUGGUUGGAGAUGGAGAGCCUACCGAUGACAUCACAGUUCCCCUGGCGUUCCUCUUCAGCAAAGAGGGAGCUACACUCACCGCCGCUCUGGAAGAACAUCACAAUGUGGACGUCCUCCUGCUACCCAAAGAGAAACAACUAGGAAAAGAAAAACCUGAGAAGUUAAAUAUUAAGUUCCGUUUAGCUAAGGAAGGAGAGCUUGCCGAGGGUGAGACUGAAAGCACUACCAUCCAGCUGGUGCUGGAGCAAAGCGAGACUGACACAGAGACAAACAAUGAGGCCGCAUCAUUGAUGAGGGAAAACCAGGAGACCUGCAGCUCUCUGCAGAAAGACCCUGAGAGCAGCCCCUGACAGUGGGAUCAGCCGUGACCACGGUCCCCUUCACAGAACGAAGGGCUGUUGCUCCCUGUCACCGAUCUCAGAUCAGAGAAUGCAGGCUGUGCUAUGGAAAAUGUUUCAACGAAGCCUAGACUGUACCAUCUGAGCUCCUCACGGGGGAUCACAAGUCCUCCCCUGGUUAAGGGGGUCUUAUCUUGCAUAGUUGGAACUAUAUUGAUCUGCACAAAGUGAGAUGGUAUGACGCGUGACGCUCCUGUCUCUCUGAUAUCGUGGUAGCUGCAAUAGAUUCUUUUCAAUUGUCUACAAUUGAAAAGCAUCGGUUUUGGGUAUUAAAGAGGUGUACAAGAUUCUCUCACGCCACUUUAUGUGGAUCAGAUUUUAUUUUAAUGUUUUUCUUUCACUGCAGAUCACUGGUUCUCAGUUUUGUGCAUUUUUUUUUUAUUUUAUCAUAUAAUGCAUUCUUAAAGUGUAAGUGGCUUGAAGUCUUCAGGACAUCCUUAACACAUGGCUCCUAUGACCAAACCCAAAAAAAAAACAGUGUUUAAAGGAGGGAGAAUGGACCAGUAAAACAUAGUUUAACAUGUUUUAGAUACAGAAACAUCAGGGAAAUCAAUGAUCUGACUUGAACAUGUUUGCAUGUGUGUGUGGAAGGCAUGUACGGUGGCCUUUAUCAUAAUGUCACAUACUCUGUUAAUUUCAUCAUGUGCCAGUACUAAAUAUUUGUGUAUGUGUGUGCACAUUUGCAGCCAAUGCAUUCAUCUCACUUUCAUGCAGUGAUUGGUCAAGGGGCGUUUUUGAGAGAGUUGCCCUUUCCUCUACCAAAAACAUGUGUCUGUCAUGAAGUUUUUGUGCAAUGACAAAACCAUUUCUGCAGGCAGGAUGAUGAUGAAAAUAAGUCAUAAUUAUUUAGAUUAGUCUAAUUUUGCAAUUUUUGACUGCCUCCUUUGUCACUUGCACAGAUUCACCAUCACACUAGAGGUGCUGCUUACACCAGAUUCAUGACUUUCUACAUAUCAUCUGAGAAUAUUUCAAAUGCAUCAAUGUUAUUAAACUAGCUUUUGCAUUGAGUGUCACAGCCAUAAUGUAGCUCAAGAGUGGAAUACAAUCUGUUGCAUUAUAGCAUGCAGAGAACGGUUAUACCAACCCCAAACCUGUCCAUUUCAAGUCUUAAUUAUAAUGUACACCUUGUAUUUUGUCACUGAUGGCUGUUCUCAAAAGGAUGUCAACCUGUGUACCUCAAAGGGCUUAUGACUGAUUCACAUAAAUGUGUGGGCAUAAUAUAUAUAGAUGGGAUUAUAUUUAUUUACGAUAUUUUCUAUACAUUAAUUUGAGAUGAAGAUGCUUGUCAGAAGGGUCAGCUGAAGCAUUUCUUGAGGGCCAAAGGAUGUAAUAUUCUGUUGUUGUGACAGAACAAGAUUUUAUAGCGUCUUUUUAAUAGCUGUUUUGUAUUGACUGAUGAAAUGUUAGUACUUGCCAUUGAAAUCAAGUUUAUGACCCUAAA